AUGACGACUCUUAAUGACAGUAGUUUUGCGACAGCCAUUCAGUUUUGGAAAGGCGUGCAUUUACCAGAGCUUCAAAAAGAAUUAGAUCAGCAAGGUCUUGCCGUAGUUGAGAACCAAAAAGACGGGCUAGUUUCUAGAAAGAAACUUGCUGAACAGACCAGAGAGUUCAGAAAGAUACCAGAUGAAGAAAAACUGAGCCAAUUCAAGAGUCUUCUCAAAGGCUACCAAUCAGAGAUCGACAACAUAACCCGACGAACAAAGUAUUCCGAGAAUGCGUUUUUAACCUUGUACAAGCUGCUCGUAAACGCCCCUGACCCUGCCCCUCUGUUUGAAGCAGCUGUCGAUCAAAGUGCAAAGGCAGUCGAGAACGAUGGUGCUGCACAGGAAAACAAACGACUACAGCAAGAACUCAAAGAAGCAAACGAGAAACUUGCAAAGCUUCAGACUGUUGAGAAAGCCAAUCUCGAUCUGAAAGCAGCCUUGACCAAACUAGAAACUGUAGGAGAAGAGAAGCGAGCAGAAGAUGUGUCCCAAAAGGAGCAAGACGUCAAGCAGCAAUAUGCCGAUAAGAUCAAAUCGUACAAGGAACGUGAACACGGACUCCAGAGGCAACUCAAUCAGGCUCUUGACCAGCUUACUCAACUCAGACAUACCCAUGAUGAUACUCAGGCACAACUAUUAGAUCAUGAUCAGAAAUACGGCAAAUGUAUCUCAUGCGGCAAGACUACGCAUCUAGAUGAGGAGGUUGUAGGCAAGCUUGCAGAGCUCGAUAUUGUCACUAUGGAUCUCGAACGUGCCAAUACAACCAUCGCUAACCUGGAACGAAAACUGGUAAUUUUAACAGAGACUACCAGCAACAAUAAAUCCUGUUUAGUUCAGUUGAAGCAAAUGUUUCAAGUGAAAAGGAAAAGUAAGGAGACACAAAUAAUACUGAUAGAAUCGGAAUUGAAUGGAGUUGAAUCGCAUCAAACUGGGCUGACAUGGUGCAGUGCUGAGGAUUUAGUGGAAACAGAGAAGCAGGAUGCAGAAAUGGCAAAAUUGAUUAAGGAUGUGGAGACCUACAAGAAUUUAUUGCAAAAGACAGAUACCAGACUCAACAAGCGAAUCAAAGAUCUUUCUAAUGAAGUCAAAGCGUUGGUAAGUAACACAGAAUACAACAAUAGCUUUGACGCCAAGGAUGUUUUGAACAAAGAAGAUAAUGCGAUUAGAAAGAGUCUUGAAGUCCAAUUGAUGGAGAAGAGCAAGCGACUCGAAACCGAUUAUACCCAACUCAAAAUGUCGUUUUCUGAUCUCCAAAACGAUCUUCAGGCCCGUUCGGCUCUCUGCGAAGAGCUGCAGGCCAAGACAUAUGAGCAGACUGGAUUGAUCCAGAAAUUAGAGGAAGAUCUGGCUCGUGUAGGCCAGAAGCAGACAACAGAUGUUUCCGAAUCAUUCUCGCGUCCAUCUUCCUCAAACAAUUUGGCUGCUAUCGGAAGCAUGACAUCCACUCGCCCAUCGCUUGAGGUUGUACAUCGACAGAGUCAAGACACGAUUGGUGGUGGAAAGGAUGAUAAGAGCAUUUUGCCUAUUGUGAUGGGCCAGCGUGAUCGCUUUAGACAGCGAAACACAGAGAUGGAGGAGCAGGCCAGAAAUAUGGAGAGAAAGCUACAAGAAAUGGAAAGUGAAAUGGAAGGCCUGAAGGAAGAUAAUCUUAAGCUCUACGAGCGACUUCGCUUUGUACAUGUCUGGAAGGAUGAGCAAAGCAAGGAUCCCUCACCACGCAAUUUCAAGAAGAAUGGUCCCAGAAACGGAACAAUUCAGGAUGAAGACCCCACAGAUAAAUAUGGAAAGAUAUAUGAAGAGACCAUGAAUCCAUUUAUGCAGUUUCAUCGCAAGGAGGAGACACGUCGUUAUCAUGCAUUAAAUCCAGCCGAGAAGCUCUCUUACAACGUUACUCGCGUCCUCUUCUCACACAAGUGGUCGCGUUACUUUUUGAUUUUCUAUGCUCUCAUGUUGCAUCUCUUGGUAGUAGUGACUCUCUAUCAGCUAAGUCUAUGGGAGUGUCGCCACGAUCAUGAAGAAAUCAACAUGCCGACCGUUAAAGAUGACACGGCUGCCUUCAUGCCUAUCCAGAACUAA